CAGGAGUUUCUGGCUGCAGUCUACGUGUUGCACUGUUACACCAACAGAGACACAGCGGUACUGAAGGACUUCCUGCAGGGAGACUUUAACAACAUCAGAGAUCAGGAUUACCCAUCCCUGCCUGUCUUCCUAAAGGGAGCCAUGGAGAAAUCCCUCCAAAGUAAAAAUGGCCACCUGGACCUGUUUGUCCGCUUUCUCCACGGCCUCUCUCUGGAGUCUAACCAGAGACUGUUAGGAGGCCUGCUGGGUCGCACAGACAACAGACCAGAAACCAUCCAGAGAGCCAUCAACAACCUGAAGGAGAUGAGCAGUGAUUCCUCUCCUGACAGGAGCAUCAACAUCUUCCACUGUCUGACAGAGAUGAAGGACCACUCAGUACAUCAGGAGAUCACAGAGUUCCUGAAGUCAGAGAACAGAUCAGAGAAGGAACUCUCUGUGAUCCACUGCUCUGCUCUGGCCUACAUGCUGCAGAUGUCAGAGGAGGUUCUGGAUGAGUUGGACCUGGAUCAGUACAACACAUCAGAUGAGGGACGACGGAGACUGAUUCCAGCUGUGAGGAACUGCAGGAAGGCCAAACUUACUGGCUGGGGACACUAUGGACUCUCAGAGACUCACUGUGAAGUCGUGGCCUCAGCUCUGAAGUCUGACCCCUCCCAUCUGAGAGAUCUGGACCUGAGUGGCAUCCAUCUGAAGGAUUCAGAAGUGGAGCUGCUGAGUUCUGGACUAAAGAGUCCAAACUGCAGACUGGAGGCUCUCAGACUGGAGCACUGCAGUUUGUCAGAGAUCAGCUGUUCUGCUCUGAUCUCAGCUCUGAAGUCCAACAUCCAUCUGAGAGAUCUGGACCUGAGUCACAACAACUAUCUGAAGGAUUCAGGAGUGGAGCUGAGAGAUCGUCUGGAGAAGUAA